AGUUACCAGCUUAGAUUAGAGCAGGUAAAAACUUCUCUAUCUAUGGGAGAUUAAAAUAUUAUCUAUAAUUUAAAUAAUUUAUGGAAUAUGAGAGUGAGAGUGUGUAUUUACAGAUAUGACUCGUCACCCAGCUCGCAGAUGCCACCUAUGCGGGCGAUUAUACCCUCAGGAUGCAGCUCACCACACUUUCUCCUGUAGUUUCUGCGGGCUAUCAGUGUGUGUGGCGAAUGUCACAGCUCAUCGCAGGAGAUGCGUGACAGUUGGGGCGGGGCAAUACUCCAAGCAGAUGAUCCGGGGGGCGGGCCAGGAAGAAAGAGAUCAGUCUGUGUCCUCCGAUGAAUCUUCGACCGUAACACUCCCACAAGAGCAAGUUGAGCCGAUUGCCGGUCCCAGUGGAUGGAGACCAGCCGCCACAAGUGACAGCUCCUCUUCCAAGGAUCAUUACUACUCUUUCUUGGGUUCCCCCUCCUCUGUUAAUCGAAGGUUCACUUCAGGUAAAAAAAAUUUUUGUUCAGAUGAGGAAGAGAGUGAAAUGGGAGACGAUUCCAUUUCAGAGGAACCACACAUUACGAGUCGGUCGGAAUGUUUUCAAGGUCACUUCUGUCGAAUAAAAUAUUCAAUUCCUGCCUCUCAUAAACACGACCCCAUAUUAUUUCUUCAGUCCUUCGCAACAACAUUUAUGAGGCACAUAUUACAGUUUUUCACUGUUCUAUCAGGACGAGCACUUUAUGAAAAUGCUCUUAGGAUUUAUGCCGAACUGAGCCUAUAUUUGCGAAGACAGUCGCUACUGGGAGAGGGAAGACAGACGUGA